AUGGCUCAUGCGAAGCACGAGCUGGCGCAGGCGGAGCUGCCGGACUUGCCGGGCAUUCCGGACAGCCUUGCGGCGAAGCCGACGGCGCCGGAGGGCAGAUCAGCCCGUGAUCCCGAUGAUGGACGGCGGCCUGAUCCGGAGCCGGCACUCACGACGAGCCCGGCCGCAAGCUCACGCGGCAUGCUAGGAAGCAUGGCGGAGGCAUGCCGGCGGCAGCUCGGGCUCAGCACCAAGGUCCAGGAGCUGCCGCGGGCCGCAGAGGCCGAGGAGCAGCUGGCAGCCGCGUCCUCGGAGGCACCGAAAGCUCGCUUCGAGAAGGAAGCGGAGGACAUGAAGGCGGCACAGCCGCGCGAGAUGGAGGAGCAGCAGAGCGAGCAGGCGGCACCCACGGAUACAGCAGGAGUGCCACAAGGCAUCCGCUUACAGUUCUUCCUGGACUUCAUCGAGGAGAAGCGAGAGUGGCUCGAGCAGCCGGCAAGCUUCGGCAAAGGGAGGAAGAACAUGUACGACAUCUGCCCAGAGGUGAUCAUCGAGAGGACGACAUGUGACGAGCAGGUCCUCACUCUGUCGGAGGAAGAUGCAGGCAGAAUCGCAAGCUCCCUCGAAGAGCACUGCGACACCGAGCAGAGCAUCUUCCUGCCGGGCUCCUUGCAGUGUCGCGCCGGCGUACAUCUCGGCGGCAUCAAUGUGGAAGGCCUGGCCAUUGAGGGCAUCUUGUGUGAUGGCGGCGACCAGCGCAGGGAGUACUGGGCCGCAAGCGCCGAUCGGCAGAAGUGUUGGAAGACGACUGCGAAACACGGCCGAGUUGCCAAGGGGCCUGCAGAGAUCCCGGCCCACCUCCAAACCUGCGAGAAGCUCGGCGAGAAGUCCGCGCGGAGGCAAAAGAAACUGCUGAAAGAGCAGGGGACGGUCGUCGUCCUUCGCAAGGGAGUGGCGUAUGCUCAUCUGGACGAGCCGGGGGAGUUCGGGCCCCUGAGCUGCUUCGCUUCUCAUUUUUGGGGAGAGGAGACGCUCGAGUUCGCCCGCACGCUGCACCUCCAUGCCAAGACCGUGCACCCCUCGAACCCAGGCGCACUGGUGUACUACAUCUGCACGUUUUGCAACAGCCAGCACAGCGUGGACCUUGGAGACGACUGGCGCCAGUCGCCCUUCAACCGCGCGCUGGAGUACGUGGCGGCCCGCUAUCACGCGAGGAGCGGGCCGAUGUACAGAGCCGUCAUGCUGUUCGACAAGUCUUGCACGACCUUGAAGCGCAAGUGGUGCAUUUUCGAGACCUUCCGCUGCCAAGCCCUCGGCCUGGAGUUGGACUUGUAUUGCACCGAUGGGGCGCUGACUCGGACGAGCGAGUCGGAGCACGCGAAGGAGAUCCAGGAGCAGGUGAUGAACGUCGACAUGAUGACGGCAGCUUGCAGCGAGAAGGAGGAUGAGCUCAAGAUCGAUGGGGCCAUCUCAGAGCAUCAUGCUGGCUGGACUGGUGUGGUGUCCAAGGUGAAGAUGCAGGUGAUGGACCACCUGUCCUUCGUGGCCCACCUUGCAGUGACUCGAGAUGCCUUCACAGGCCAGCAGGUGGAGCCGGAGCAGGGCAUCGAGCUGGAGGGCUCCGCGGGCAAGGUGAGCAUGUCGGAGAUCAUCGACGGCUGCAUGCAGGCGUGUCUCUCCGCAUGUACGCAGUCCUCCGCUUCUGUUGAUCCGCGGGAUGCCGCUGACCAGGCUCAGAUGAAGCGGGUGCUCAUCACGGGCCGAGGAGGCACGGGAAAGACGGUGAUCACCCGGGAGAUCAUUCGGGCAGCGGUCAAGCUGGCGCGUGAGAAGGCUCUGAGGCUGACCCCGUUGCGAGUUCCCCUCGCCGAGCUCGCUCGGUAUGCAAAGGGACAAGGCGACAUGUUGCAAGCUUGGGCCGGGCAGGCGUUCGGCAAGGACGGCCAAGAGCUUUUCCAAGACUCGGCGAGAUCGUCGCAGCUGCUCCUGCUGCUGGACGGCCUUGACGAAGCUGGGACGGACCGGCGCCGCAUCAUCAGCUGGCUCGAGGGCUGGCUCCGGCAGAACAGCCAUCGCUGCGCCUGCGUCAUCGUGACCAGCAGGCCAGGCGGCACCGACCAGGUGGUCGACGAGGAGGGCAAGGAGAGGGAGCCCUCGAAGUCCUCCGUUUUGCACGCUUCCGAGAAGUACCUGAUCACACAGGACAGCUUCCCACAAGGGUCUCAAAUCCUAUUCGCCGACGAGCGUGACAUCGUGACCGGCACUAGCAAAGUGGCCGCCUGCGAGCAGGGCUUCGUCUUCCCGGCCGACUGCGGCUUGCAGGCACCAGGAUGUCGUGUACGGGUGACGCGCAAGGACCCUGACAUGCUUUUCUCCCCUGCGAUCACCCUGCACUACUCUGACAAGAACCGUGCCGAAAUGCUGCUGGAGCGGGCUUGGCAGCAUGCCUGCGGUGCCGGGGCCGACGGAGUGAGGGGCGAGAAGAGCGUUUUCGUUGCCCGGGCGGACGGCGAGCGCUGGCAGAACUCGAUGCGCAUCAACUGGUACGAGCUCCUGGACUGGCCGGCGGCGGCCUUUCCCUGCCGUGCCUGCCUGGCGGUGAAGGCGGUGAAGAGCGAGGAUGCGAUGGUGGAUGAGCGGUGGGCCCGGGGAGAGAACGGGCAGGAUGCGAAGGAGGACUUGGAGCUGCCAGUGGAGGCUUGCGGCGACAGCGUCUUCGUUAGCGCAGCAGGUUUGGCGCCAGGCGACAAGCUCCUGCCGGAAGACACUUCUGCCGAUGUGGAUCCUGAACUACUCGCAAUGCUCGGAGGCGUCCGAGAAGCCACUUCCGUCAUCGAGCUCCUGCCCACGCAAGGCGCUUUCAAGACCUUCCUGGAGGGCCCCGCCAUCAGCGGCCCCGCUCCCGCCGCACCCGCUGCUCUGUCCGAGCUGACCCUGCGAGCCGAGCUCUCCGAGCAGCUGCACUUCCGGCCCCUGCAGCUGCUGCCGCUGAGCCCGCAGAUCGCAGCCAGGAUUUCAAAGGUCCCCGAAGAGCUUCUGCAAACGCUGCCGGACGCGGUUUGGGGCACGCCGUUGAUGGCCAGCAUCCUCGGAAGAUACCGGCAGCAGCAGGAAGACAUGCACACAGUGGCUGCGGAGUUGGACCUGAUGAAAUAUGCGGUUGAAGUGCUCAUCACGCAGGCUGAGGAACGCACGGGCCGCCAGCUGAAGGCCUUGGGACCCCGGUGCCUGGAGAAGCUGCAGGCCGGACACCGCCUACUCCUCAAGGCCGACUUCGAAGAUCAGGUGGUCUUCCAGGAGGCCCAGCGGGGGCACCUUCGCCUCCUUGAGCCGGUGGCCGGGGAGAGCGCCGUGCAGGUGUACCACCUGAAGAUGCACGAGUUCCUGGCCGCCGAGGCUUGGAAAGCGGCCAACCUGGAGCUCAAGGAGGCCUUCAACCUGGCCCGAGAUGAGCCCAUGCUGCGAGGCGCGGCGCGGUACCUGGUGAUGUUGGAGACCGCCGGGAAAGAGGAGGCGGUGGUCGACCUCUGUGGCUGCAACCUGGGAGCUGCCGACGUCGAAGCCCUCCGAGGAGCACUGCUCUGCAGGGGCCGCCUCAGGAUCCUCCUGGCCAACAACACGAUCGGCCCCGAUGGCUUCGACUCCCUGGCCGCCGCUUUGGCCGCCUGCGGCUCCGGGCUCACGGCGCUCGAGGUGAACUUGUACGACUCCCAGAUCAACGACGCGGAAGUGGCCUCGCUCGCGGAGGCCCUGGGCGGCCUCCUCGGGCUCCGGGAGCUGCGGGUGAACCUGGGCCUCUUCGGUCAGAUCUACGACAGAGGCCUCAGUGAGGCGGGAGCCCGGAGUCUGGCCGGCGCCUUGCGGAAGCUGCCGAGCUUGGAGAAGCUGACUCUGGAGCUGUGCGAGAACAAGCUCGGCGACGAUGGAGCGGCCUUCCUGGCAGAUGCGCUGGGCGCCCUCACCCGGCUCCGGCGGCUGGAGGUGAAUCUCUGCAAAGGCGGCCUCAGCGAGGCAGGCGGUCGGAGCUUGGCCGACGCCUUGAGGAAACUGCCGAACCUCGAGGAGCUCUUCGUCUUGUUGGAUCAAAACCGGCUCGGCGCCGCCGCAGCCUCGUUCGGGGACGCCCUGGGCGGCCUCGCGAAACUUCGGGAGCUGACCGUGAACUUGGAAAGGAACGGGGCCGGUGAGGAGGGCGCCCGGAGUUUGGGCGACGCCUUGAAGAAGCUGCCGAGCUUGGAGAAGCUGAAGGUGUACUUGCUCGACAACAAGCUUGGUGAAGCGGGUGCUCGAUGUGUCAUCGACGCCGUGAGGAAGCUCCCGAAGUUGGAGCAGCUAACCCUGGACUUCCGCUUGAACGAUUUCGGCGCAGGUGGGGAGGCGUACGCGGAGUUCAGCGCGGCCCUGGAUGCACUCCCUGUGGCCGACAAGAGCGUCCUCAUCUGA